GUAUGUUAAUUUCUUCCCUGAGAUCUUUGAUUCUUCGGUUUCGGAACAUCCAUUUAUUCAGCUUUUACGUUUUAAUGUUGCGGCAUGCAAAAAAGUGGCCAUGUUUUGGGAAGGAUUAAGGACAAAAAAAUUUUGGUUUUUACGCUAUGAAAUGGCAAAAAAUGAUUAAUAUUUUUCUAAAUAAUGGGUUUCACAUUUGUUUUUGGUUGUGGGUCCGAUUCAGCAAUAGUUACAUUUGUCUCCUAUAGUUUUUGGGAAAUUGAUUUAUUGAUUAUUUUUUUAACCGUGGAGGAUCCAAUAUGAAUAUUAAAAAAGAUAUGAUUUUGAUGGCGCAAUUGUUGUUCAUUUUCUCCUUUUUUAAAAAAGUCUCUGUUUUGUCGGUUGCCGUGAACUAGGCAAAGAUGUUGAAAUAUCGAAAAGGUUUCCUAAUCUUUUCUUUGAAAAACAAAUGCUUAUGACCUUUCUUUUGAAAAAGAUGUUGUUUUCCUCAAUAAUUUUGGCUUCUCAUCAUCCCCAGAACCUUCAUCGAUAUUUGACUUGGCAUUCCAGUCGCUGAUGAUUGAUUGUGCAAUUUAUAUAUAUAGUUUUCAGAAAGUAUUUUUUAAGUUUUACUUAAAUAAUUCUUAUUUGUUUUAUCUUUUCUUUGUUUUUUAUUCAUGGAACUUUGAAAGCUAUGCGGUUGAUCUACAGAAUGAAAUUUACAGUCUUCUUAAAUCUAAGGUUCACACAUAACGCAUCUACAAAAUCUAUAGAUAUUGGGAAACUGGUGAUCUGACUCUGAUGGUAGAAAGAUAAAUGGCGAUGGACUUUUAUAUUUAUAAUUUUCUUCUUUGAUCUCAAAUUUCGUGGGCUACAUUUCUUUUCAUAUGGUGUAAGUUUUUUUUUAUAUAUAUAAAUAAAAGUAAGCUUAUGUGUGCAUUGUUGAUUGGAUCUUUCUUUUCAAUUUGCCAUGGUUGCCAAGUUCUGCUAUUAGUCCUCAAGUUUUUGACUGAAGUUAGGUGAAUUUCAAUCGGUUGGAUCAAGAAUUCCCUCAGAAAUAUGUUCUGUCACUUGCUAUAAAUGUGGUGUAGCUUUGGAGAUGAAAAGGUAUGGAGUUUCAGGAAGCCUGCACUUGAUGGACUGCUCACCGACCAGCGGUAACAAGAAAACGUUGAAGAGGUGGUUUUUCAUAGACAAACGAGUUGGGUGAAAAAUAAUCAAAUCAAAUUAAAUUUAGGGCCAAAUCUCUGCUUGACCAAGUUGCAGUUAAUAUUAAACAUUUAGUUAAUAGAUUUUGAGUAACUCGCAAGUAAUCAGGAUAAUAUGGAGCGGAAGUCAAAUCUUGCAUCUCCUGUUCUCACCGAUCCUGCACCGUUAAACAAGUCGUCACUGGGGAUACAUUCUAGUUUGUUGCCUUAUCCCUCGGCAGCACCGUCAUAUUCCGGCAAGUAUGCCGCAAUUCCUAGGAAAAAGCCUGGAAAGCUCGAAGAUGUUAGAUCCAAUGGCUGGCUCGAUGCCAUGAAAUCUUCAUCACCUCCUCGGAAGAAGCUACUUAAGGAUUUCAUUUCUGAGGUUUCAUCGGAAGAUUCUGAGACUGCUUACCGUUCCUGGAUGCUUAAGUAUCCAUCGGCGCUUAACUAUUUUGAGCAGAUCACAAAUUUUUCAAAGAGCAAAAAAAUUGCAAUGUUUUUAGAUUACGAUGGGACUCUUUCGCCAAUAGUCGAUGACCCAGAUCGUGCAAUUAUGUCCGAUUGUAUGCGCUCUUCUGUAAGAAAUAUAGCAAAGUAUUUCCCAACAGCAAUUAUUAGCGGAAGAAGCCGGGACAAGGUUUAUGAGUUGGUAGGACUUAGUGAACUCUACUAUGCUGGUAGUCACGGGAUGGACAUUAUGGGCCCUAUGAAUAACACUUUCUCUGAUGACCAGCCAAACUGUAUUAAAUCAACUGACCAACUGGGUAAGGAAGUGAAUCUGUUCCAACCUGCUAGAGAAUUCAUACCUAUGAUCAAUGAGGUUUUUAGAACCCUCGUUGAGAACACUAAAAAAAUCCAAGGCGCAAAAGUUGAGAACCAUAAGUUUUGUGCUUCUAUACAUUACCGUAAUGUAGAUGAGAAGAAUUGGCCUACAAUCGCGCAGUGUGUCCAUGACAUUCUUAAAGACUACCCUCGUUUGAGAUUAACCCAUGGGCGGAAGGUUUUAGAGGUCCGUCCUGUGAUUGACUGGAACAAGGGAAAAGCGGUUGAAUUUCUACUUGAAUCUCUUGGACUAAGUGAUAGUGAUGAUGUGCUCCCCAUCUAUAUUGGAGAUGAUAGGACAGAUGAAGAUGCAUUUAAGGUGUUAAGAAAGAGGAAUCAAGGUUAUGGGAUCCUGGUAUCUUCAGUCUCCAAAGAAAGCAAUGCGUUUUACUCACUGAGGAACACUUCAGAGGUCCAGGAAUUUCUGUCGCGCUUGGUGAGAUGGAAGAAGGUGGGUGAAGAGGUAAAACAGAAGCUGUUUCAAUGAAUUGAUAGAAGAGCGGCGCAAGUGCAACCUUAACAAUUAGUUUAUAUAUAUAUAUAUAUAUAUAUAUAUAUAUAUAUUUUAUUUCUUAAUAAUUCAACCACGUUUGAGUUGGAGCGGCUAAUUUAUUCGAAUCAAAGCCAAAGCCCAUUCAAUUAUUUGAUGAUUUUAAUUGGCUUAUGAAGUAAUUACUAUCAUUGU